AUGGGGGCCUACCUUUCGGAACCAUCGACGACGAAGGAUUCCAGCGAUGAGGCGAAUGCGCUGGUGAUAUGCGGUUCCAGCUCGAUGCAGGGAUGGCGAAUCAGCCAGGAGGAUGCACACAACUGCAUUAUGAGCUACGACGACAACAGUUCCUUCUUCGCCGUGUACGACGGGCACGGUGGCGCCGAGGUGGCCCAGUACUGUAGCCAGCACUUGCCGAACUUCCUCAAGACGGUGGACGCGUACAAACGGAAAGAUUUCGAGCAGGCGUUAAAGGCGGCCUUCCUGGGAUUCGACGCCACGCUGCUACAGGACAAGGUCAUCGAGGAGCUGAAGCUACUGUCGGACAAAUCGAACGGCGAGGAUGAAGCGGAUGAGGACGAAGAAGAGGAAGAGGAUGAUAACGUGGAGGAUCUCUGCAAGGAAGCGGUGAUGCCCCUGAACGAGGUGCUGCAAAAGUACCGCAAGGACGUAAAACAGCCACCAGUGGCCAAUCAGCGAGUAGCGAUGGUGGCGAAGGAGGGCAACUGCUCGAAACCGAUCUCUCCGUAUCUGAAGAGCAAGCGGCGCGGAGCGACCGAUGGUUCCGGUUGUUCCGGCACGUCAAAGGACGGUGUCAACAAGCCGAGCCCAACGAAAGUGGACGGUGGCUCGAGCAGCUCCGAUGCGGAAGCUGAUCCGGCAGCAGAAAACAGCAUACCGGCAGGAAGUUCGAAGGAUGCAGCCGACUCGACCGUUAGCAGCUCGAGCAACAAAACGGUGGAACGAGCAAAGGAAUCGACACCGCAACCGGAACCAUCGUCGUCGUCCUCGUCGUCCGCUGCGUCCGGUGCUGCUGCACCCGUUAAAGCCGAAGUGGCCGCAGCAGGGAGCAGUGGCAUCAAAACGGCCGAACAAAGCAAUGAAAUCAGCGACACGGCUGGUAACGUUGCGGUUAAAUCCGAAGGUGAAGCAGCCGCCGGAAGCACGGGUGGGAAAGAAAACUGUGCCCCGGACAGUUCGUCUUCGGACGGCAGCAAACAGUCGGCGGCGUCGGGGGGCAAGGUGAACGGGAAUGUCGCUAAAGCCGCCUCCUCUGGUGCGGUGUCGUCUUCCUGCUCGUCGUCCGGUUCGGGUGGUCAAGAGAACGGUGUGGCCGGAACGGGUAGCUGCGACAGUGGAAGCGGCAGUGCCGGAGGUUCCAAAGGUACGUCGUCGUCCUCGUCAUCACCGGCAAAGGUACACAGCAGCUCGACCGCUGGGAAAGCGGCGCCGAAGAAUGGCCCAUCAGCGCCCGAUGCGUCUAUGAUGGAACUCGAUGAUACGGAUGACGACGACGAUGACGAUGAGAGUGACUCCGACGAGGAGUUCCCACACGCCGAAGAACCAACCGAUGACACUUCCAGUACCGGUGAAGGCGAGGAGGACACGGAUGGCGAUGAAGGGCACGAUUCGGACGAAGAAGAAGAGGAGGUCGAUGAAGAUGAAGAUUACAUGCAUCUGAAGGAGUAUAUCACGGAAGAGGACGCGGCAUUCAUGAAAACGAUCACCGACGAACCGGGCAAGGACAGCGGUUGUACGGCCGUGGUGGCAUUACUAAACGGAAAGGACCUCUACGUGGCCAAUGCCGGAGACUCCCGAUGCGUCGUCUGUCGGAAUGGAAAGGCGCUGGAUAUGAGCUUCGAUCACAAACCGGAAGACACGAUCGAGUACGAGCGGAUAGAGAAAGCUGGCGGGCGCGUGACGCUCGAUGGCCGUGUCAAUGGAGGAUUGAAUCUUUCGCGUGCAAUCGGCGAUCAUGGCUACAAAAUGAACAAAUCUCUCCCCGCCGAAGAACAGAUGAUAUCAGCUCUUCCGGACAUCGAAAAGAUCACGAUCGGACCGGAGGAUGAGUUUAUGGUGUUGGCUUGCGACGGCAUCUGGAACUACUUGAACAGCGAGGAAGUGGUGCAGUUCGUGCAGAAACGGAUUAACAAACCCGACACGAAGCUGUCCAAAAUUUGCGAAGAGCUGUUCGAUUACUGCUUAGCACCGCACACACGAGGCGAUGGAACGGGUUGCGACAACAUGACGGCCAUCAUCGUCCAGUUCACGCCCAAGCUGACGGGGGCGGCAUCCCGCAAACGUGCCGCGUCUCACUCGGUCGAUGGUGUGGCCAAUGCCUGCGACACGGACGCAGUAUCGUCCGCCACGAAGAAGGUGAAAACUGAUGCCGCUACGGUGGAUGACGCCUCCUCGACGACGGACGGCAGUGGCAACAGCAACGGAAAGGAAGCGGAUGCGACCGAAGAGACGGAAGCGACUGCCGCCGUUGCGUCGAUUGCGGAUGGUUCUUGUUCGUCCGUGGAUGCCGCCACGACAGCUGAAGGUGGCUCCUCUGAAGCGGCCUCAUCUUCGACGUGAGCUGCUCACGCGUGAACGCGUUUUUGUGUUGGAGGAAAGUCCUGCGUGGGAUCAAUCGAAAGAAGGAGAGAGAGAGAGAGAGAGAGAGAGAGAGAGAGAGAGAGUGAGAGGAAGAGGGAUCAGAUCACCAGCGGAAGACAGGAGCAGCAGUGGCUGCUCUGUUAAAUAGAUUGUAAUACAUUAUACGUUCACUAUCCGUACACGCACCAUCCCAGUCGCCCCCGGACAGAGGUAGGCCCAGAUAGGCCAGAGAACCGUUUUAGCGAUUUUUCUUUCCCCUCGGAUGGGGUUCUGCGCUAAAAACCGGUGAGAGCUAGGUUCUGAACGAGCAAUCGAACGCGCACUAACUACUUUGUCGCGGUCAGGGCUUUUACCUUAGAAUACUUACGUUUUAGUUUCCGAUCGCUCUUUUCCAGUAUUUCCAAUACGAAAGAAGCAACGAGGGUGGUAAAUCCGGCGUUGCAACAGGCGAUGGGUGUCAUAGGUCCUAGGUUUCUAUUAAUCCUUUUUUAAUUUCUAUUUAUGGAAGUACCACUAGUACAGAGCGAGAGCGAGAGAGAAAGAAAGAGAUUAAGGAGGUUGAAAUUCGCCCCAUGUUGACGCAGGAACUGUGAUUUCGAUUCCACGCCGGAAUUACGUUCAAUUACUGCAUCGUUUUAGCGGAAGUUAAUGAGAAGAGGAUAGCCCGAUGCCGCUUGCUAGGCACGUGCACGAGCGUCGGAUUGAGUCGGUGCAUUGUAGGGAGAUGUGUUGAUUUAGAAACCUAUCGAUGUCGUCGAUUGUAGACACGCACUCUGUUGGCUUUUCCUAAGCGUGUAUGGUGCAAAAAUUGCAACAGCUAGGCACGAAAUCGAGAGCAGAUAGAGAGAGAGAGAGAGAGAGAGAGAGAGAGAGAGAGAUAGAAAGAGAGAUAAUGCGGUGGUGAUUGGUGAGAAUGCAGCAGAUAGGAAUGGGAAAGGGGCUGUAACCCUGCUGCUGCUGCUGCUGCUGUUGGAAUUAAGGAAACUCUAAAACUAAUCACAUUAAACAUUGUACAUAGUGUGUCGAUCCAAAACAAAGAAUGUAAACUAA